AUGGAAUCUGCCAUCGUAGCUCUUGAACAGCGGGCGGUGGAGGCCGAGGCACGCAUGUCUGCGCUGGAGAAGCAGCUUGCAUCGGGCACCAAGAGCGGCCCGUCGGGGGUUGUAGCAGCAGACUUACAGGAAUUGCGGGCGCUGCUGGUUGCGGCACAGGGCGAGCAGCAGGCGCUGCGGGAAGAGCGGGAUGAGGCUGUCAAGGCGGCAGCGAAGGCGGAAGAGGCGGCGUCAAAAGCGGAAUACCGCGCCACGCACCUGGCGCGCGCGCUGCGGGAGGCCGACGCCGCACUGGCCGCGGCCAAGGCGUCGUGA